GUCAACAUGAAGUUUGUUAUAUUUUUUGCGGUCCUCGCUGUUGUUAUUUUCUCGUGCAGCGCCGAAGAAGCCCCUAAAAAUGAACCAAAUAUCUCGAGUCCGGACGAAGUAACGGAAAAGAUCCUGCGCGAUAUUUUCGACAUGCUUCCUCUUCUUCUUCAAAAAAUCAUCUACGGCUUGUACGGAUUGUAUUUGGACAUCAAGGAAGCCCGCGAAACCGGCGGCGAGGAAUUCUCCAUGGUAGCCGAAUUCGGCAACUUCAUCAGCAGCUUUCUCCUACCUUAAUACCAAUUUACAAUCAUCUUCGAAAUUGUAAUUUAU